AUGUUCACAAGAAGCCCUGACAAGUCGAUUCGUCAAGCAGCUCGUGUGAGCGGACUCACACGGCACACUGUAAUGACAGCCCUUAAAACUGUCAGCUCUCGUCCUUGGAAGCCACAUUACUGCCAAGAAAUAACUCCAGAGGAAUGUGAUCUCUGGGUGGAAUGCGGAGAGAUUAUGCUUGGAUGGCGUGGAGAUCGGUCAGAACUGUUUGAUAACAUUGUGUGGACUGACGAAGCAAUUUUUCAUGUUAGGGGCUUUGUUAACCGUCAUAACUGUCAUUAUUGGGCAGAGUUGGACCUCAAAGCAACUGCUGAGAAAAUGAAAAACCGUCCCAAGGUCACAAUUUGGUGUGGUAUGACAUCAAGUCAAGUUAUUGGCCCUUUUCUUUUGAGGGAAAUAAUGAAUGGAGAGCGCUACCUCAACAUACUCGAAAACAGAGUUCAGUCAGCUUUGUUAACGUUUGAUAACAUUGAAAAUAUGGUAUUUUGGAAAAUGGAGCUCCACCACACUUUGCAUCAAAUGUCUGACAGUGACUGGAUAACCGCUUCCCAGGUCCGGACCUCACGCCUUGCGACUUUUUUCUGUGGUGUUGGGCAAAGGAUAAAGUCUAUCGUUCAAAACCUCCCACUCAUGAUGAACUGGAAGUGA